UGCUCAUUUUGUUCCGCGGCCUUGACGGUGGGCAGUGAUGUGUGCUUGAUUCCAGAGGAUGCCAUGGGCCGAGUUUCUGCAGCUUGUCAGCUGCAUAGGACUCUUACGAGCCUUGGAGAGAGACCCGAGGGGUGGAAAUCUGUCAGUGCCUCUUUGCUUGCAGCUGGAAACACCUGGGGGUUAAGUGGUGCUUCAGGGACAACUGUACCAAAGGUGCUCUAGAAGGCUGUCCAAGAGCUUCUGAGCGUAGGUUGCCUGGCACACAUAAGUCAUGCAUAUUUAUUUGCCAGAAGAGCUGCUCGGCUAAAAGGCCAGCAGUGUUAACUGAUAUCUGCAGCAACCAAGACAUUUGUGUGUGUCCCGUGGUGGGCGGUGCCUGAUGGUGUCCGAGAACAAGCCAGAGGGAGCUGAGGGGCUCUGGAUGACUGCUUGAGGGAUCUGGGCCGCAUGUGGUAUUUUCUUCCGCCACGUGCAGUGAGCCAGACCCAGGGAGGCUCUAGAGGUGAAUAGGCGGCAGCCUGGUGUUCCCAGCAGCAGUGUGGGAGUUUGAGCGUGGGUUAGUGUACAGGACAGCAGGCCUGAUGGUGGCAGAUGGGCUACAUGUGCCUGAAAGGGAAAAAGGCUCUUGGCUCCAGAGUUAGCAGGGCUCCUUGAGAGAGCUUUAAGUAGCAUUGGAAGUGGAAAAGGGAGUAAACCAGGCUGACGGAGGAGAUGCGUGAGCACUGCACAGCCAUGUUUGCGUGACAGUGGUGGAUGGAAGCAGUGCUGCCAUCAAAGGUCAUGAAACUGUAGCAGAAGUCAUGGGAAAAGCAGGGUUUUGCCACAAUUCUUUCAGACAAAAAUACUACCAAAGAAACACUCUUGACUUUGGGCUUUUUACAGCAGCCUUCAUCCAGGUCUUCUUAUAGGGAAUUUCUGAGGAAUAAGACAUGAGUGCCUCUGCAUUCCCAUGCACAACGCUGCCUCCAAAAUACUCCAGCCCUUCUCCAUUUGGCUCCUUCCAUUCCUGUGCAGAAUAAGGAAAUUCAAUAGAGGGGAGGUGCAGGAAUUCACAGGCAACGUGGGCGUACGUUGGGGCCUUCACAGCCAUCAUUUUUUUAUGAGGUCACAGAGCUCUGUUUGAUGUCAGGUUCCAGAGCCCCACUGUGCUCUUCAGUGCUCGCUCUGGGCAACACUGCAGCAGCAGCAGCAGCAGCAGCAGCAGCAGCAGCAGCAGCAGCAGCAGCAGCAGAGUGUUGCUAGCAGGGGGGAUGAUGGUCCUGAGCCGCUACCUCCUGCUGCUCUUUCUCGUGGCCCUGCCAGCCCAGAAUGCCCAGAGUGCUCCAUCAGCUGGGCAGGGAGCAGUUGUGGAGACAGAGAGUGCUCUUUCAGGCCCUGAGCGAGGGGCAGAUACCGUGCUGACUCCGAGCUGGUACCUCAAGCGUGAGUAGUCAGUCUGUCCUGCCUUCACAAAAAGGAGCGCCCCUUUUCCCUAUUUUAUUCACGAGAAAAAUACCGUCAUAGGUUAACGUGCUUUUGUAAAUCUAACAGUAGGGAUGAACGAUGACAAGGUUCCUGAAGAGUUCCCUGAAGGAUUGCCGGAUGUUCCAGAGGAGCUCCUGGCAGCCUUGCAUGAAGCCCCAUCUGAGACAGAUUCUGAGACUGUGCCGGAGACCUUAGCCGUGGAAGAAAGUGACAGUGUGCCAGGCUCACAUGAAAAAAGAGAAGCAAUAGAGGACACCAGCACACUUGCUGAGCCUGAGCAAUAUUCAGGGUCAUCCGGUGGGCAAAAAGCCCAGACUGCUGGACACCGUGACCCCGGCAAGUACUACAUCCUAGUAGGGACAGUAGCAGCCUCAGCUUUGCUUCUGCUUGGGGCAGUGUCUGUGUAUCUAGUCAUGCAUCAGCUGCUGAAGAGAGAGAGGAGGAGCCAGGAGGACAAAGAGGCAAGAGGACAGGACUGGCACUCUUCCUGGGAAAGCUGUGGUCAGCCUAGAGGUGAAGCAGAGUCAGGAGAAGGAGCGGCAAGCGGCGAGAGAGCCCAAGGCAAGGGCUUCAGGGACAGCUGCCGCCUGUUUCCUGAGCUCUUUGCAGCAGAGCUCGCCCAGCUCUACAAGAACAUGGGCGCAGACCCGUCACCUCUGCCAACGUGCUCCUACUGUGCUCUGGCUGACAACGCCUCUUCACGGGACCACUGGAUUUCCCUGGAGUCACCUCAGCCCACAGCAUCCUCUUGCCCCUCCUACCAACACCAGCAGGACUAUUAUCUGUUAGAGGAGGAUGAUUAGUGAUAGUGAGAGAUGAUUAGUGAUAGUGAUAGUGAUAGUGAUAGUGAUAAAUAGUGAUAGUGCUAGUGAUUCUUUUAGGGAUAGUGGUAGGGAUACCUGAUAUUAGAGGGUGGUGGUUGUUUUAAUGAUAGCGUUAGUUAAUAUUAGAGGAUAGUGAUUGUUUUAAUGAUAGCGUUACUUGAUAUUAGAGGAGGGUAAUUGUAUUAGUGAUAGUGAUAGUGAUACAUAGUGAUAGUGAUAAUGAUAAAUAGUGAUAGUGGUAGUGAUUCUUUUAGGGAUAGUGGUAGGGAUACUUGAUAUUAGAGGGUGGUGGUUGUUUUAAUGAUAGUGAUAGUUAAUAGUAGCGGAUAGUGAUUGUUUUAAUAAUAGCGUUAUUUGAUAUUAGAGGACAGCGAUUGUAUUAGCGAUAGUGAUAGUUAAUAUUAGAGGAUGGUGAUUGUUUUAGUGAUAGUGGUACAUUUAGUGAUAGUGAUACUUGGUAUUAGCAGAUAAUGAUUGUUUUCUUGAUAUUGAUAAAUAAAAAUGUUUCCAAAAGCAGUAAA